AUGGAAGCAAUCCAAGCCUACCUCCCCCAAGCAGAGGGUCUCCUCCCAAAAUGGCUCCUCUUCGUCUCGGUAAUAUCCGUCGGAAACAGCAUCCAAGCCUACAGCACCCUGGCCUUCACCUCGCGCAUCUACAACCCCACGCCCAUUGAUCCUCCCCCCGUAAUCCCCAAGCACGUCACGGCACUGUCGUCGCGCACGUUUGGCACAUGGACGCUGCUUGCGUCGCUGAUACGCUUGUACGCGGCGUACAAUAUCAAUGACGCGGCCAUGUAUCAGCUGGCCAUGUGGAGUUAUGCGGUGGCGUGGGCACACUUUAUGAGCGAGUGGGUGGUGUUUGGGACGACGAGGUGGGGGAAGCCGUUAGUUGGGCCCGUCGUGGUUGCCAAUACGAGUUUGAUUUGGAUGUUUACGCAGUGGGGGUUUUAUGUCAAGGCUUAG